UUUUUUUUGAGACUGAGUUUUACUCUUGUUGCCCAGGCUGGAGUGCAGUAGUGCGAUCUCGGCUCACCACAACCUCCGCCUCUUGGGUUCAAGCGAUUCUCCUGCCUCAGCCUCCCGAGUAGCUGGGAUUACAGGCGUGUGCCACCACAUCCAGCUAAUUUUGUAUUUUUAGUAGAGAUGGUUUUUCUCCAUGUUGAUCAGGCUGGUCUCGAUCUCCCGACCUCAGGUGAUCCGCCCGCCUCGGACUCUCAAAGUGUUGGGAUUACAGGCGUGAGCCACCGCGCCGGGCCAGGAAAGAAAGUUUAACCUCCAACUCUGCCAGAGACUCUCAGACAUUAAUUUACAACAACUGUGUGAAGUGCGCAUUAUUACCCCAUAUUAGGUAAUUUGCCCAAAGGCAGUGUCAGAAUUUUAACCCAGCUCAGUCUGACUCCAAAUACCAUCCUUUACUCACUAAGCCCACUGCUUAUCUAUUGAGAACUGCCCAAGUAGCUGUUAUCGCAGUGGGAGUUGGAGAAAGAGCUCAUCAGAGUGCGUGUCCAACGGUCAUGCAAGGCAAGGCAGGCCAGGGCUUGUAUUUGGUUCACAGGCUUGGGCAGAAUGCGAAGUAGGCGCAGAAAGAGCAGAACCCUGGAGUCCGGAGCUUGCACGGGAUGUUCGGCUCGGUCACAAGUCCCCUCUGCUGGGAGCCGCGCUGGCUCAGGCCGGUUGCCCUGGCACGCGGGGAGGCGAGGCUACACGUUCGAGGCCAACCUGGUCAACACUGAUUAAAAAAAAAAAAACAAAACUUUAACAGAAGUCCCCUCUGCUUGCAGAGAGCACCUACCGAGAGCCCCAUCUAUCCCUUCAGGAAGGGGAAGUGGUAUGUGAUGCUGGGGAGGUAGGCUGGGCAGGAAAACUAAGCCAGACAUCAAAAUCUAAAGCUUUGCUUCAGCCGCGAAAAUGCAGGUGCUCAGAAACUCGAGAGCAAACAAGACAAAGAAAAUGAAGACGCUGUCCUUGAGAUUGUUUAUUUCCUCGUGACUACUGGGAGGAGUAAAAAAAUAAAAUAUGCUUAUUAAACGUGUGUCAAAACAUAAUACACACUCGCAAACGUAGCAAGAGAGGUUGCUUUAAGAAGCGCGACUCUUCAGCGUCUCGUGACCGCCGGUCUCUACAGGCUGUUCACACUAGCCAAUCAGGAGCCAGGAAACCUCCUAGAGGGCCGGAAACUUUCCAAGGCGCCCGCCGAUUGGCUGUACUUGUGGAGGGCGGGGCCGGGGCCCCCAGAGAGGGAAUUAGUGAGCUGGUGAGUGGGCGCCGCUGCCGCCGCCCCCGCCGCCGUCGUCUCCGUAGCAGCCUUCGCCACGCCGGGGUCUUCAGCUCCACUGGGGCCAUGUCGGAGCGAGAGGAGCGGCGGUUUGUGGAGAUCCCUCGGGAGUCUGUCCGGCUUAUGGCGGAGAGCACGGGCCUGGAGCUGAGCGAUGAGGUGGCGGCACUGCUCGCAGAGGACGUGUGCUAUCGUCUGAGAGAGGCCACGCAGAAUAGUUCUCAGUUCAUGAAGCACACCAAACGCCGGAAGCUGACGGUUGAGGACUUCAACAGGGCCCUCAGAUGGAGCAGCGUGGAGGCUGUAUGUGGUUACGGAUCCCAGGAGGCACUGCCCAUGCGCCCUGCCAGGGAGGGUGAACUCUACUUUCCUGAGGAUCGAGAGGUGAACCUGGUGGAGCUGGCCCUGGCUACCAACAUCCCCAAAGGCUGUGCCGAGACAGCUGUCAGAGUUCACGUCUCCUACCUGGAUGGCAAAGGGAACCUGGCACCUCAAGGAUCGGUGCCCAGUGCUGUGUCUUCACUGACGGAUGACCUUCUCAAGUACUAUCACCAGGUGACUCGUGCUGUGCUAGGGGAUGAUCCGCAACUGAUGAAGGUUGCACUCCAGGACUUGCAGACGAACUCCAAGAUCGGGGCGCUCCUGCCUUACUUUGUUUAUGUGGUUAGUGGGGUGAAAUCUGUAAGUCAUGACCUGGAGCAACUGCACCGGCUGCUGCAGGUGGCACGGAGCCUGUUUCGGAAUCCACACCUGUGCUUGGGGCCCUAUGUCCGCUGUCUGGUGGGCAGUGUCCUCUACUGUGUCCUGGAGCCACUGGCUGCCUCCAUCAACCCCCUGAAUGACCACUGGACUCUGCGGGAUGGCGCUGCCCUCCUGCUCAGCCACAUCUUUUGGACUCAUGGGGACCUUGUAAGUGGCCUCUAUCAGCAUAUCCUGCUGUCCCUGCAGAAGAUCCUGGCAGAUCCUGUGCGGCCGCUCUGCUGUCACUAUGGAGCCGUGGUGGGGCUGCAUGCUCUUGGCUGGAAGGCAGUAGAACGAGUCCUGUACCCACACCUGUCCACGUACUGGACAAACUUGCAGGCUGUGCUGGAUGAUUAUUCAGUAUCUAAUGCACAGGUCAAAGCAGAUGGGCACAAAGUCUAUGGAGCCAUUCUGGUGGCCGUAGAGCGACUGCUGAAGAUGAAGGCCCAGGCAGCAGAGCCCAACAGGGGUGGCCCAGGUGGCAGGGGGUGCCGGCGCCUGGACGACCUGCCAUGGGAUAGCCUUCUCUUGCAAGAGUCGUCCUCCGGGGGCGGUGCAGAGCCCAGCUUUGGGUCCGGUCUCCCGCUGCCGCCAGGGGGAGCGGGGCAGGAGGACCCUUCUCUUUCGGUGACCCUGGCGGACAUCUACCGGGAGCUCUACGCCUUCUUCGGUGACAGCUUGGCCACACGCUUCGGCACCGGCCAACCUGCACCCACCGCUCCGCGGCCGCCCGGGGACAAGAAGGAGCCGGCGACAGCCCCUGACUCGGUGCGGAAGAUGCCGCAGCUGACGGCAAGCGCCAUGGUCAGCCCGCAGGGCGACGAGAGCCCCCGGGGCAGCGGCGGAGGCGGCCCCACGUCGGCCUCUGGGCCAGCGGCCUCUGAGAGCAGGCCCCUGCCGCGCGUGCAUCGGGCGCGCGGGGCACCCCGGCAGCAGGGCCCCGGGACCGGCACCCGCGACGUCUUCCAGAAGAGCCGUUUCGCCCCGCGCGGCGCCCCGCACUUUCGUUUCAUCAUCGCCGGGCGGCAGGCUGGGAGGCGCUGCCGCGGGCGCCUUUUCCAGACUGCAUUCCCCGCGCCGUACGGGCCUAGCCCGGCCUCCCGCUACGUGCAGAAGCUGCCCAUGAUCGGCCGCACCAGCCGCCCCGCCCGCCGGUGGGCGCUCUCGGACUACUCGCUGUACUUGCCGCUCUGAGUAGGUGAGCGAUUCCAUCUUUGUAAAUAAAUCCCGCCCCCGGAA